AUGAUAAUAAAAAUUUGGAAAGAUAUAGAGAAGCUUGUGUUAAAUAUUUCACUUAAUUUUUUUAUAGAAGAGCUUUAGAAUAUUAAUAAUCGUCGUCUCCUUUUUGCUUAUCAAACUUUAUUCGAUUCUCAAGAUUUAAAAUAUAUUCAUUUACAAUUAUUCAACUCUCAAUAUCUUGCUAAAACUUCUUAAUUUACUAUGGUAAGAAUCAUGGAGGCUAAAUCAUAUGUAAUGGAAUAAAUUAAUAUCUACCCAUCUUCAUAAGAUACUUUAUUAACGAUUAUUGAAUCAAUUAUAUAUUUAGCAGAACAAGAAGUUAUAAGAUUUCAUGAUCAAAUUACACAAAUAAAUAAAAAAGAUAGGAUAUAUGAAAAUCUAUUAAGGAAAUCAUUGGAUAGACCAAUUGAAGUAACAGAAAUUAAAAGUAAGAGUGUAGAAAGACCAUAUGAUUACAGUUACAAUAGAAUGAUGUAUAAGAAAUUAAAGUAAGAGGCUUUUAAAAUGUUAUCAACUAGUGUUGAUAUAGAAGAUGCUAAUACUUAAGUUGAUAAUUAUAAAUUAAUAAAAUCAACAGAUACAACUAAUGUACCAUUAAGACAAAUGCCUAAAUCAAGUUUGCAUAAUUAUUAUGUAACUUAAAUAUUGAAGCCAGUUGGAAUAAAUGCUUAUAAGCUCUCAAUUAUGGAUAUAUAAAAAAAUAAAGAAAUCUAUUUUGACACAUUUAAAAAUGUAUAACAUUUAUUUAUUUAUUUUUUUAGUAAAAUGAUUGUUUGAAAAUUGUUAAUGAAAUAAAAUCUGAAUAUAAAAUUCAAGAUAAAUCAAUAUAGAUAAAUAAAACUGAAACUAAAAUAUUUGUAAAUUCUCUAAAAAUAUCAACUCCAAAAUUAGGCGAACAUUUGAAAUCAAUAUAAAAAAUAUCACCUAAAAAAUUGAAUUUCUGA